AUGGAAUUGUUGCAGGGCGGUGAGGGGGGCGAGGCGGCUGCUGCAGCCCCGGGUGAGUUAACGGUACGCUUAUGCGUCCGUGGCGGCGCGCGCGCCCGGCAACGCGGCGCCACACCGCCCGCACAAUGUGGCUUCCUGCCCGCGCCCGUAUACGAUCUUCACCAAGUCGGGGAUGUCUACACGGGCCCUGGUGCAAAAUGUUCGACGUUGCCGGCGAUCCUGGGAGGUUCCCUGCCGAGACUGUCGUCGGAACAGAACGAGGCUGUCUCCCGCGCCAAGAAGUAUGCGAUGGAGCAGAGCAUCAAGAUGGUGCUGAUGAAGCAGACCUUGGCGCACCAGCAGCAGCAGAUGGCCUCGCAGCGGACGCAGGUGCAGCGGCAACAGGCGCUGGCGCUCAUGUGCAGGGUAUAUGUUGGUUCAAUAUCAUUUGAGUUGAAGGAGGACACAAUAAGACAGGCGUUCCUACCUUUCGGGCCAAUAAAGUCCAUAAACAUGUCCUGGGACCCAGUGAGUCAGAAGCACAAGGGUUUUGCAUUCGUCGAGUACGAGAUACCAGAAGCAGCACAGCUCAGCCUUGAGCAGAUGAACGGAGUUAUGCUUGGGGGCAGGAAUAUAAAAGUGGUGGGGCGUCCGUCAAAUAUGCCCCAGGCGCAGGCUGUUAUAGACGAGAUUCAAGAAGAGGCCAAACAGUACAAUCGCAUUUAUGUUGCGUCCAUUCAUCCAGAGCUGACUGAGGACGAUAUCAAAAACGUGUUCGAGGCGUUCGGGCCGAUCACGUACUGCAAGCUGGCGCAGGGCACGUCCGCGCACAAGCACAAGGGCUACGGCUUCAUCGAGUACGCGACGCUGUCCGCCGCGCUGGAGGCCAUCUCGUCCAUGAACCUGUUCGACCUGGGCGGGCAGUACCUGCGCGUGGGGCGCGCCAUCACGCCGCCCGCCGCGCUCGCCGGCCCGCCGCACGCCGCGCCCAUGCCCACCGCCGCCGCCGUGGCCGCCGCCGCCGCCACCGCCAAGAUACAGGCAAUGGACGCGGUCGCGAGCAACGCGGUGGCGCUCGGCUUGACGAAGCUGAACGCGCUCGGCGUGCCACCGGCGGCCGCGCUGCCCACGCUCGCCGCCGCGCUGCCCAGCCUGCCCGCCGCGCUGCCCGGCCUGCCCACGUUGCCCACGCUUCCCACGUUGCCCACGCUGCCGUCGCUGACGGCGCUGCCGACGAUCCCCACGCUGCCCACCACGCUGCCGGUGCCGCUGCCGGCCACGAUCCCAGCCACGCUGCCCGUGCCCCUGCCGACGGUGGUGCCGAACGCUCUGCCGACCACCAUUCCGGCCGCGAUCCCGGCGGUGAUCCCGCCCCCCGGGGUGGUCAUCCCCCCGCCCCCGGUCAGCGCCCGCAACAACGUCCAGAACGACACGAAAGCCAACCCGAACGACGGCGUGGGGCAGCAGGCGGUGCUGCAGCGGAAGCUCCUGGACAGCUCGCCCGACACCCUGCAGCAGCAGGAGUCCCUCUCCAUCUCUGGACAGUCAGCCAGGCAUCUGGUUAUGCAGCGGUUGAUGCGGCGCCGGGCGUCUAGGACUGUGUUGCUCUGUAACAUGGUCUCCGCUGAUGAAGUGGACGAGGCGUUACAUCACGAGAUUCAGGAGGAGUGCUCCAAGUGGGGCAGCGUGGAGCGGCUGGUGAUCUACAACGAGCGCCAGAGCGAUGACGAUGGGACCCCUCCCACGCGCACGUCAAGAUCUUCGUGCAGUUCGCAGAGCCUGACGAGGCGGCGGCGGCUGCCAGCGCGCUCGCCGGCCGCUACUUCGGCGGGCGGACGGUGCGCGCCACGCUCUACGACCAGGAGCUGUUCGAUCACGGCGACCUGUCCGGCUAGCAGAGGGCCCGCUGACGGCCACGCCCACGCCCACGCCCACGCCCAAGCCCACCCCCACGCCCACAGACCACUCGCUCAUAGCGAAGACCACGCCUAUGGACGG